UUUAAGUCAGAUGACAACAGAAAAUGGUCGAAAUGAAGACCACGGGACAUUGGAUCAAGCUCGAGAUGAAUGAAGAAUGAAGAAGAGAUGAGCCAAAUUAAGGAAGAGCUUUGAGAUGCUGAGAGCCUUAGGGUUCUCGAUUUUGCAGGAGAAUUUCGGACAUCUCGAUGAAGUUUGAGAAUCGCUGGGAUGAGGAGGAUUUCAAUUUGAGCAUUUUAUGGAGCAUAGCCUCGAGGAAUUUGUUGAUCGCUGCUGUGGAAUCUGAGAAGACUGGGAGUGAAGUAACAGCGGGUGGUGGUGGAAGGUUUCCAUGUCUGUUUGUAGGGGAAGUCGUCUAGUGGUGCAUGUGAGAACCUGUGGGCUCCUCUGACUGUUUUCCAUGCGAUGGCUGGUCGGUUGCCUGCCUUGUGCAUGAAGCUGUCACAUUUGGGCAGGCUGAGUAGAAUUGGCUGUGGAGAUUUUCGUCUCAGUGCAAAAGAUUCGAUUGCACCUUAUGGGUGGGGAAAAUUCAGCCCUGUUGACGAGGGUCAGUCCUCAGGAGAUCGUUGCUGUAAAUGGUUUUCCACCGUGGUUGAAUCGCUGGAGCCUGUGAACAGAAAGGCCGGCCUCGGUCCUGUCAUUGCAGUAGGGCUAUCAGGUGGAGUGGAUUCUUCGAUAGCAGCGUUGCUUCUCAAGCGUCAGGGAUACAGAGUAUUUGGGGUCUACAUGCGUAAUUGGGACUCGAGUGACGAGGUUGGAGGCACUGCUUGCUCAGCUGAGCGGGACUACGAGGAUGCUCGCCUAGUUGCCAAGCAACUGGGAAUCGAACUCUAUGAAGUAGACAAUCAGAAACGGUACUGGACGGAUGUUUUUGAGUCCUUCACCAGUGAUUUCAGUACCGGCCUCACACCCAAUCCUGAUCUCGCCUGCAACCGAUAUAUCAAGUUUGAUGCACUCCUAGAGCAAGCAAAGCAGUUGGGAGCAGACAAACUGGCGACUGGCCAUUAUGCUCGCCUUGCACUCUCCCGAGAUGGGCAACAGUUCCAGCUUCUACGAGGCAUUGACCACGACAAGGAUCAGUCGUAUUUUCUUGCAUCUGUGGCAGGAAGUGCUCUUCAAAGUGUGAUGUUCCCGUUAGGUUCUUUGAUAAAGUCAGAUGUCAGGAAACUGGCGGCCACUGAAGGCUUAAUCACAGCACAGAAGCGCAGCAGCGCUGGGAUAUGUUUCGUAGGUCGGCGGAAUUUUUCAGACUUCAUAUCAGAGUAUGUGGACAUGAAACCCGGCCCUUUCAUUGCUGUAAAUAGCGGAGCCGAGAUUGGAACUCAUGACGGCAUUCCAUCUUACACACAUGGUCAAAGAGCACGAAUUGGAGGCCAACCCGAAGCUUGGUACGUUGUAGGCAAGGACGUGCCGAACAACUCUGUUUUUGUUGCAGCAGGUCCCGAGCAUCCUGCACUUUUCUGUACAACAGCUGUUGCUGAUGGACUUUCUUGGAUAUCUGGUGCCUUGCCAGCAGAGCUCGCAGAAGGAAGGGUGCUCAAAUGCUUAUACAAAGCAAGAUAUAGGCAGCCUGUGGAGGAGUGCACGGUAUGUUUAGCAAGUGCAGACUCUGAGGAAGCCCUGAGAGAGGGCAUGGGGAUAGCUUUUACGAACUCGAGAAAAUUUUUGCCCAGCUCGUUGUGUCGAUUGCAGUCAGUGGCAAUGCAGGGCGAACAAUUGCAGAUCAAGUUUUUGAAUACUGCAAGGGCAAUAACACCUGGUCAAGCAUUGGUCCUAUACGACGGCGAGGUGUGCCUUGGAGCCGCUAGACUCCUCCAUCCAGGACCUUCAGUCUUUGAGGAAGAUUUUGAGCAUGAGCAUGGACAAGGGCAAGGGCAAGUAGCGAGUUCCACUCAAAGAUCAGAGCUUGUCCAUCUUCAUUGAUCGAGAGAUUUGAUCAGUAGUCGAAUGUGGCAUACAAAUAUAUGUCUUUUCUUGCUCGUGUUGAGACAGGAGUACCAACAGUUGUGUGCUACUGAUUUCAGAGGUAUAGCAAGGUAGCUUCUAGGCAGGCUUACUCAGUUUACGUUCCAUACCCAAUUUUAGUCUCAGGGUAUCAAAGUAGACUUGGCUCCGAUUGGAGCUAGCGUAGUCCUCUUCGUCGAUAAUUAACUCUGGGUCUACUUGCGUUCGUUUUGUCAGUCAAAUAUCUGCAAUUACGAAUGCCAAAUAUAAUUUUUUCCACGUCUAUCGUACUCAUCAGCUGUUCACACCACUUGGCUGUUGUUGAAAAUUCCUGGACU